GCCUGAGGUGAUGACGUAGUGCUUAUCUUUUGUGUCUUGCUCUGGGCCGCUCUAGUGAGCCUCUGACACCGCCCCUCCGGUGGUGGAAGCAGUGGAACCGUCAGAAGGCAGCUAACCCUUUGGACUGCGCGCUGUAAACAAAUCUCAAACCCACAAUGUCCAAGAAAUCUGACUUUCCAGCGGUUGCAGAGGCGGUAAACAGAGCGAGUUUGCACCAUGUAGCUGCCUGACGCCUACGCUUCUGGGUCCGCGUUUGUAUUUUUAACACUAUCCUCCAGACCUGUCAUUGUUUUUUUACGGGUGAGCUCAUCUCGGAGGGUUGUUAUGUGGGUCUGCAGCUUGGUUUUUGUGCUCCACGGUCGUUGAGAUUGGCGUAUGCAUGCUGUAACAGAGGUACGCAACAUGGCAUCGCCCGCAGAGCACGAUCUGUCUUUAGCUGAAGCGGAAAGCACCAAGGAGAAGACUCAGGUGUUUGGGAUUUUGAGGCUGCAGGAGGACAAAUCCGGAGGUGUGGAUAAGGCCAAUAACAGCAGCAACAGCAGCAGCAGCAGCAGUAGUAGUGCCAGUGCAAGAGGUACAGGAGAUGGACGAUGGCAGGCUCCUAUCUUUGCUUUGGCCAGGAAAGCAUCCGAGACCAUUUCAGGGAGUAUUCAUGUCCUGCCCAAAGUGUCUGAGCACAGGACGUCUCUACCAGGGGAGUGGACUAUGCAAGCCUUCCGUGACCCGAUGGCCAUGGAGCGUGCCAAUCUGUUGAAUAUGGCCAAGCUGAGCAUCAAGGGGCUAAUUGAGUCAGCUCUGAGCUUCGGGAGAACCCUGGACUCAGACUACCCUCCUCUGCAGCAGUUCUUUGUUGUCAUGGAGCACUGCCUCAAACAUGGCCUUAAAGUGAAGAAGUCUUUUCUGGGCUUUAACAAGUCUCUGUGGGGUCCUCUUGAGCUGGUAGAAAAACUGUGUCCUGAAGCAGCAGAGAUCUCAGCGUCAGUGCGAGACCUACCAGGACUCAAGACUCCACUGGGAAGAGCCAGAGCCUGGCUGCGCUUGGCUCUAAUGCAGAAGCGGCUGGCCGACUAUCUGCGUUUACUCAUCACCCGGAAGGAUCUGCUGGGUGAUUUCUAUGAGAAUUCAGCCCUGAUGCUGGAGGAGGAGGGUGCAGUAAUAGUUGGCCUGCUGGUGGGCCUUAAUGUCAUAGAUGCCAAUCUUUGUGUCAAAGGCGAGGACCUGGACACACAGGUUGGGGUAAUAGACUUCUCCAUGUACUUGAAGAGUGAUAUUGAUGACUACAGGAGCGAGGAGCGGAAUAGCCAGAUAGCAACGAUCCUGGACCAAAAGAACUACAUCGAAGAGCUGAACCGGCAGCUCAACACAACUGUACACAGUCUGCAGGGCAGAGUCGACUCAUUAGAGAAAUCAAACUCUAAACUCAUUGAAGAGUUAGCCAUUGCAAAAAACAAUAUUAUCAAACUACAAGAGGAAAACCAGCAGUUAAGAAGUGAAAACAGUCUAAUAUUACUGAAGGCACAGCAGCACUUAGAGGUAACCCAGGGUGAUGUGUCGUUGGAGAGAGACACUUAUAAACAGUCUCGUCAGGGUUUGGAUGAAAUGUACAACGAAGCUCGGAGACAAUUGAAAGAGGAAUGCCAGCUCAGACAGGAUGUGGAAAAUGAGUUGGUGGCCCAGGUGUCAAUGAAGCAGGAGAUGGAGCUGGCAAUGAAACUUCUAGAAAAAGACAUUCAUGAAAAACAGGACACAUUGAUCGGUCUGAGGCAUCAAUUAGAUGAGGUUAAGGCCAUCAAUGUUGAGAUGUACCAGAAGAUGCAGACGUCUGACGAUGAGAUGAAGAAAAAGAAUGACAUGAUCAGCCGACUAGAAGAGAAGACCAAUCAAAUCACUGCCACCAUGAAACAACUGGAGCAAAGAUUACAGGAGGCUGAGAGGCAUCGCACCUCCGCUGAAGAGGGAACCAGGCGCUUCAAGCUGGACUUUGCCAACAAAGCUGACAGCCUGCAACGGCAGAUUGCACAGAGGGAGAAACAACUACAGCAGCUUGAGACUGACCUAAAGAUAGAGAGGGAGUGGAGGCAGACACUACAAAAUGAUCUGCACAGAGAAAAGGACACUGUGGCUCAGCUUGGUGCAGAGGCUCUACAGAUAAAUGGUUUAAAAAAGGAGUUUCAUCGACUUCAGGAUGAAAACAUUCAGUUGAAGUCAAUCUGUGAAGACCAGGAGCAGGCACUUGAGGAGCUUGGCUCUAAACUUAGCGAAUCCAAAUUGAAGAUUGAAGACAUCAAGGAGGCCAACAAAGCCCUCCAGGGCGGUCAGGUUUGGUUAAAGGACAAAGAUGCCACUCACUGUAAGCUCUGUGAGAAGGAGUUUUCCAUCUCCAGACGAAAGCAUCACUGUAGAAACUGUGGAGAGAUUUUCUGUAACAGUUGCUCUGACAAUGAGCUGCCUCUGCCCGCCUCGCCCAAACCGGUGCGAGUGUGUGACACGUGCCACGCCCUCCUCCUCCAGCGCUGCUCCUCCAACACUACAUAAGGCAGACGGAGAACCAUCUUCUCUCAACUCUACUACAAGAUAUCACUUAACUGUAUGAGCGCUGCUAUGAAUGCAUGGACAAGCCACUUCUGUAUUAUAUUUAUUUAUUUGAAGUCUUGCUGCAUUCAUAACCAUAUUCCAUAUCAUGAACAUAUUUUGUAAAUGCCAUAAACUACUAUUCAGGUGUUUUUCACGUUAAGUCUUAAAUUUCUACCAACAUAAAUGACAAAACUUGCAUAAAAUGCCCAGCUAUCAUUUGUUAAACAGAUUAAUCUAAAAUGAACAUAUUUAUAGCACUUGCCUGCUUGGUUAUUUUCAGAACAUCAACAGUAGACCAAUUUGUCACCUUCCACUGGACCAGACAAUUUCACAUUACAAAAUGGGUCCAUAUUAAACACAUUUCAAAACAGUGGUGCUGAAAGAACCAAGACUAUUGAGGUACUAAUUGCCUCAAAUAGAUUAUUUCAAUCAAUAAGAGGCUCGAGGCACAGAUCGUGAUCUUGCCCAUGUGCCAUUUAAAUGUUAAAUUGUGUAUAUAUUUUUAAGCACAAUGUUAAGUGAAGUUUUAUCUAAUAAUUUAAAAACCACUUUGUACUGCUGCUGCAAAUAGUGGAGGUUUUGGACCUCAAAACUGCCUAAAAUGUCUUGAAUACUCGACUGCAGUGCAUAGUUUUAAGGUUUUUUUUUUUUUUUACAAGGCCUUUGUUCUACAUGAUUCUGAAUGAUUUACUUUCAUUACUGAAAUUAGAGAUUUGUUCAGUAUUACAAUGACAUAAUCUGAUCAUCACUGUGGCCUUUUGCUGGAUACAUUCUGCCAAUGAUCUUUGCCAAGAAUAUAAACUGUGUAGCAAUCUGAUUAAAGUCACAUUUGUAAGU